AUCAAAAUUUCUUUUUUCUCUUGCAGUUGUCUUGGAGGAAGUGAUAACUUUAAACAUUUAAACGAAAUUGAUCUUUUUAAUAAUAUCGAUCCAAAUGAAUCAAAGCAUAAAAGAACAGACAGAUCCAUCUUGUGUUGUUUACGAAAAGGAGAGUCUGGUCAGGCAUGGCCAAGGUUAACAAAAGAGAGGGCAAAGCUCAACUGGCUCAGCGUGGAUUUCAACAACUGGAAAGAYUGGGAAGAUGAUUCAGAUGAAGAUAUGUCCAAUUUUGACCGUUUUUCCGAGAUGAUGAACAACAUGGGAGGAGACGACGACGUAGAUUUGCCAGAAGUAGAUGGGGCAGAUGAUGACUCACCAGACAGUGAUGAUGAAAGUAAGUUGUUGUUUUUUAACUCUCACACCUCCUGAAGGCUCCGAGCCAGAUGUUCAA